CAAAUAAUUCACUUUCUCGCGUCAAUCGAAUCACGUUUUCCGGCGCAGACCGACCCAACCGGCAUUUGUAGUUUAUAAUUUUCUAAUUCUUAAAAACAUCACAAACAUGAGUGGAAUCUUCAAAGUGGCGAGCAGAUUCAACACGCUGCGCUCAUUGCUCCAGCCAGUGAAAUGCGCCGUGCAGCGCGUGACCGCCACCCAACAACAACACCGGCAAAUCGCUAGGAAUCUCUGGUACAUGUGCAACUCACGCGAUAACUACACUCAUCUGCAGAAGAACACGACCGAAUUAUGCGGCUGCGGUUGUGGUAGUCUCGCCGGUGUGCACACCAAAGCCGAACGUGAACUAGUCGAAUUCCUCACGGAGGAGAUCCUCGCCGAACGCAAGGCACAAAAAGCGAAAACCAUCCCCACCGAGGUGGAUGGCUUCACCGCAACCCUCAAAGGCGCUGAAGUCACCCUUACAAAGACCACCGACAAGGAAAAGAUCAAGAUUCGUUUCAAUGUGAACCACACAGUGGACACCGAUCACGAAGCAGAUGUGAACCCCAACAUGGACAAAGCCGACAUCGGCGAGCUGAAAUCCAAGCCAGCGCUCAAGGUGGACCUCGUCCGUGGAGAUAUCACCGUCAGCCUGCUGUGUUCAUUCAUUGGACCCAAUGAACAAGAUGAGAACUACAACGAUGUCUUCGGUAUCGAUGAGAUCAGCAUCUAUUCGGGCGAUUGGAACGAGAAUGUCUACGCUGUGUCCGGCGAGGUGGUAGACACAUACCUCUAUGACCUGUUGAUGAACUACCUGGAGGAGAAGGGUGUUAGCAAUGAGUUUGUAGAGAAAGUAAGCGCCUACAGCACGGCCUAUGAGCAUUCAUGCUACAUUGGCCUGCUGGAGGGACUGUCAACGUUCGCGUCGGGAAAAUAGUUUAUUUAAUAAUAGCUUUAACACAUCUAGGAUGGUAAUUGUUAAGUAUUGUUUAAGUUGUAUCAGCUGCCUGCUGUUUUCCAUUUAGGCCAGCGACACAUGCAACAAGUUUUCACUACAGACUACUCACGAUCGUUAUUCCUUUUAUAAUUCAUUUCCAUGAUAAUAAAAUUGUAAAUGCGG